GUCAACGACAUGCUUGGAAGCAUCAUCGACAGGGAAGAUUACAUUCUGCAGCUGAGGUCGGACUUCGACUCGUACGACCUAGGCGACCUGGCGAAGAUGGCCCUCGUGCUCGCGCCCAUCGGCGAGAACGGCAGCCCUCGGUACCAGGAGAUGCACAUCUACACCCAUGGCUCACGCUUCGAGUCCAGCUGCGAUAACGACGGCUGGGCUGUUGUGAUCGUCACUGCGAGUCAGAGGGUGUACAUUGCCAAGGGCUACGCAGCGGGCCGCACCAGGACAGCCUCGAGAUACACCGAGGCAGGCGCUCUGCACAGCACCGCGUCCGAAUUAGUCGCGAUGUUCUGGGCGUUGGCGUACACGCUGAAACACGAGACGGGCAAGAAUGGCGUCAACACCAUCACCAGCGACUCAGCCGACGCCAUCGCAGCGGCCAACAGAGCUGCCGUGUACAAGCCAUUCGAGAAGCUCUCCCGCUGUGUCGCGAUACUAGCGCACGAGGUCAGGCACCUCCACGCACUAGAAGUCCGACAUACAAAGUCCCACGAUUUCGACCCCUGGAACCAGAUGGCGGAUGCGAUCGCCAAGCAGAACCACAGGGCGGACCACUACACUGCCAUAAACGCCGUGAUCCAUUACCUGCCCGAGCUCGAAUGGUGCUCCCUGAAGUAUGACCAGAGCGCUGGCUUCUAUUACGACGUGAAGCAGCAGCAGCUCAAUGUCAGCGACGAGGGGCACGUCGCGCUGUACAGCCACGCUCCAGACGAAUCCAAGCCACGUCCGCCCGCGCAGAUAUACGUGAAGAUUGCGACGUACAACGCCAUGACCCUGGCGAAGUCGAGAUGCAGGAGGACGAAGAAAGGCGUGGCCCCCAGCACAGAAGAAAAGGACCUCAAGAAGCACGCGAUACGCACCACCCGGAACGAUUUCAUCGACCGGAGGGUUUCUAUUAGUGGCGCACGGGAGGCGCGCGGAGCCGACGCGAAGGACUACGCAGACGGGGACAAGGACCUGUACCUCACCGAGGAGCACCCGAGGGUACUCCACCGCGCGCCGACGCUCCUCCUAAUCAAGAUUGCGGCCCCAGCCUUCACAGUGGUGUGCGCUGUCGCGCACGCGCCACACCAUCACGUCAACAUCGCGGAGCGACAGGAAUGGUGGCACGACUUCAACGCACAGGCGAAGAAAUUCAACGUGGACACGAUCUUCAUAGAUGCGAACGCGCAGCUGGGCGCCAACUCAUCCGCGGCUCCGUGCAUCGGACCACUCGGCGCCGCAUCCAAGAGCGACGCCAAUGGCAAACAGCUGGCCUCGGCGGCACGCGAGCUCGACAUGGUGGCGGCCAACUCGCACUACGACGGCGGCCCCACAUACAGGGACCACGAUCACAGCCCUGUCAUCGCCGAGGCCAGGUUCGCUUCGACCGCCCCCACUCCCAAGCCUGCGAGGAGAUCACUAUGUAGAGCGAAGUACUCGGACGAGCACGCGAGGACCAGAUACAGCGAGGCCCUAAAGAUAGAUGAGUCCACGUGGGACGACGACGUCAACCUGCACUAUCAGAGGAUCACGGAGGGAAUUGCAGAAGCGUCGUCGAAAGCUUUCGCCAAAGAUCCGCUCAUUCCUACACGAUCCCACGCGUCCUUGCAAUCGAUGCGGCUCAUUCGGGUACGGCGUCAUGCAAAGCGCGAAUGGCACUUAUGGAAGACAGCAGGCGGCAACUUCAAGAACCUGAUGCCCCACCUGCGGUACGAAGAACGGCUGCUGUACCCCGAAGGCACGCCAGGACAUCAAGAGACGCUGCGGCUGGCCCUGGCCAUGAGUACGCUGGCCGACGGCACCAUCGACGUCUCAGAAGCGGCGGCGGAGGUAAACAGGCACUUGAUGGCGACAACGAAGUGCCCCCGCGCAUCCUUGGACGACGACAAGAGACGGCACUACGAUCGGUACGCGUCCCAGCUCAGCGAAUCCCUGCAGAACAGAGACAGACAGAACGAAUGGAGAUGGCUAAAGAAGAUCCUGAAGUCCGGGGGCGACCAGCAAGGUAGAUUCAAGGGCGGCAACUUAAUACCGUAUCGCCUUGAUGAGAACAACAACGUGAUCGACGACGAGCAGAAGCUAGCGGCAGUCCAGCACGCCAUCCUAGCCGAUAUCGGCAAGGGCAAGGGCGACACAUCACGACAAGAAGCGUACACAUCAAUCACAUUAUGCAACACCAUCGCCAAGCAUCACUACAAGUUCCUGCGUAGCAAGCUCAAAGACCUUGCGACGAUCAUCUACCUCGACUCGCAGGCCGACAUGGUAUUCAACAUGGCCUUCACACGACCGCUCACCACAAUAAACCAGAGGAUGCUGCACGAAGAGCUCACCAUCUCGGUCAAGGAGUGCAUGCCAGUACCCCGAGGUGCCGAAUCUCUAAAUAACCCGCUGGGAGUAUCGAGACUGGCGGGUGGCGUUACGUAUGCGGACGACACUGCCUUCGCCGUUCUCUCGAACGGGCUGGCAGACACCCUGGCCCGCACUAAGCACAUGGCGGACAUGGUGCACGAGAGUUUCCGCACCCGCGCGAUGGAGCUCAACCUAAGGGAGAACAAGACAGCGGCCCUGGCAUGCGUCAACGGCCCCAAGUCCAAGCAGACGAUGCCCCACCUCUACGAGAAGCCCACCAAGCUGACCACCGACGAAUGGGGCCUAGAGAUCGACGUCGUACGCGAUUACCAGCACAUGGGCACCACCAUCACCACCGAGGGCUCAUGGGGACCUGAAGUACAACGACGGGUCAUCGCCCACAAGAACGCCUUGGAGCCCAUGCUGCGGACCGUCUUCAAAGACGACAUCCCCCCUGCCAAGUCGGGAGCCAAGUUCGCCGAUGCGAUGAGCAACGCGAGGCUCACAUACCAAGCCGAGCUCUGGUGCGGCAUGGCGGCGGCCGACCAGAAGAACCUGAAA